ACCCACCACAAGGCGCCGACAGAUUGAAAAGUCUACUGGUAACGAGAAAGCGACUGGGAUGGGCGACGCAAGGACGAUCAGCGUCCUGGACGCCGCGGAGCGACCGCUCACGACGGACAAGGUCGCGCGCACGAUCUUUUGCGUGCUCGUGUUUGUGAUUGCGCUGGAAACGUACCUCCACAAACUGCAGCACAAGCUGCGCCACAACAAAAAGUACCUGGAGCUGUUCAACAAGAUCACGACAGAGUUUAUGGUGGUCGGUCUCAUCUACCUCUUGGUGAAGGUCGUCAUGUACUUGGGGUGGAUUCCGUACGGCGGCCUCGAGUACCAAGCGCUGGACGCGGCCGACCUCCUACUCUUCUUCGUCACGAUCGCGCUGUUCGUACAGUCCCUAACCAUCAUCCUGUCGCUGCGAUUGUCGAACCGUGCCAUGGACGUGCUCGAACUCGUCACGACCAACGAGAUCGCGGAACGGAUGCAAGCAGCCAUGGCGACAUGGACGUGGCCACUCAAGCAGUUUCACCACCGCAAGCGCGUCCAGAUGCGGCUCGUCAGCACAUUCUUUCGACGGACGUACGGCCUCCCGCGGCUCUUUUGCUUCGCCAAGUACAUGCGCGUCCUCCAGGAACACCAGAUCGUCGAGCUGCUCGAAAUCGACUUUACGACGUGGCUUUUGCUCCUGUCCAUCUUUUGUGGGUUCUUCUUUUGCACGGGCGAAAUGCAGUCGGUGUUUUCCGUCGACGGCAACUCGCACUACUACGCGAUCAAGACACUCGACUCAAACUUGCCGCCUGCCCAGUCCGCGGCGAUCGCCGCGCUGCAGCAAAAUCGCGUCGGCGUACUCGCCACCCUCGUCGCAGGGCUCUUUGUCUUCAUGGUCGCGUUCCUCAUCUACAUUGAGUACAUUCUGUCCGUGCUAUCGCGUCGCGGCAAAAUCGACCUGGCCGACGAGUUUGCGCCGGCCGGCGCGAGCGCGCUCUCCGACAUGGAUGUUCUCGGCUACAUUGCCCGCUAUGAGGUAGUGGAAGCCAAGAAGUCGUGGCGGGAAGCGGUCGCGGACAUGCAGCGCGUGGGCGACGAAGUUGAAGACAAUCAAGUACACCAUCAAUACGGCAAUCUGUUGCUACAAUUGAUUGCGUCGGGGUGGCGGCGGUGUGUGGGCAAGCGCCAUGCCAAGCCGAAUGCGAUCCGCGCCAAGAUCGACGACAUCCACUUGCCGCUCUUUUCGCGCAAAGCGUGCGAGUUCCUGAUCCAGUUUCUCCUCAUUCUAAACGGCAUGUAUUCGGCCAUGAUCGUCGCGAGCGUGGUGCCGACGAUGCAAAAGAGGGAGCUGCCCGUCGUUGUCGCCACUGCGACGCUGCUCGUGAUCAACAUGGUCGCGCUUGCGCCGCGCCUCAUCCGCAUCUUUUCGUUUGUGAACGGCAUCUACCGCAUCGAAGCGCACGUUCUCGGGAACGUGAUCUCGCAUUUCGUUGACGUCGAGCAUCAAAAGACCGCGAUGGUCGGGGCAGUGACCGAGUACUGCCGCAAGACGCACCAGGCCGUGCAUGCCAUCCGCCACGCCGUUGCAUCCACCGACGCGCACGACGGGUUUGUCGAUACCGAGACGUUGCGCCGCGCCCUCGCCAAGUUUGGGCAUCGCAUGACCCGCCACAACUUUCACGCGUUUCUCCGCAUGAUGGAAUUCCGCACCAAGGACGCCACGGUCUGCCUCGACGAUUUCCUCGCGCUCUUUCCAAACGUGCCGGCGGCCACGGCGACGCUCUCGACGGUUGUGUCCGAAGUGUAGGAAGUUGAGGCGUCGCGGUGUUUUAUAGUUUUGGAAUAACAACGUGAACGUCCACGAGCCUCGACUGAGAUAAGAAUCGUAGUCGACGG